AUGAUCGUCUGGCUAUAUGGCGCUUUCCUACAUCCUGCUUCAUUGACAGGGAUCCCGCAUUCCCGGUAGGUGAUUGCCUCGAUGACGAGCAGCUACGAACUGUGCGAGGCAGGAGGGAAGGAGGACACGAAGGCACAGACGGGUUUCCAUUCAUAUUCCAUCUCAAAUCACAAGCGUCGCUUGGUUUCGCCCCGAGAUUUCUUCUCCAGAAUUUCUUGUGGAGGCUGCGGUAUUUUCUUCUCUCUGUCCCUCUCAUUUCUCACGCGCAUAUAUGACUAUCACGAACAUCAGCACGCCCUUCACCGCGUCCAUCAUCACGACGACCACCAAUCCCACAGCCGCUCGCACGACCAUUACCAUCAACACAUAAAUUACCCUUCGCACAGGCGAUAUCAUCCGAACUCCCGCAACCAGACAGUGCACGUCGUGAACGUUCAGCAGCAGCAGCAGCAGCAGCAAUAACGACAACAACAAGGAUUCCCCUUUCGCUAUUCAAGCUCGGAAAAUGUCCAACAGCAGCAGCGCCAACUUCACCCUCUCUCCGUCCAACUUCAGCACCCCGACAAACACAUCCCUCCAAGCCCUCGACGACGCCGGCUGGGUCGCCGCCUCCGGUCUCGACUGCUGGUGGCUUUUAUCGGAUCCUAAGCAAAUGACCGUCGAAAACCGAGAUUGUCUCGCACUCCUGCAGCAGGACGUCCAAGAUGAAGGCGCAUACUAGGCGAUUGUGGCUCUUCUGUGUGUGUUUGUAAUCG